AACUAGCUUUUUGACGGUUCUAUGAUGAAUCAGUUGGGAUGCAGAAGCCAGGAGCUGAACAGAGAUCUAUCAGCCGGAGACAUUAACUCGUCUCGAAGCCUCCAGUCCGUGAUUUACCGUGAGAACGAUGAAAUUCGACACUGGUUCUUGGCUUUCUUCCAGCAGCAAGAUCGAUGGACCAGAUCAGUUCUGUUUGACUAUGCGUCAGCGCUCCAGUCAAAACUCUGCCGCGUCUGGGUCGACCGCGUUCCAGCACUAAAUCACGGCGGAAAACACGUGCUUGGCUCUUCGAUCAGGGCCCUUGACACCUGGUUUUCGGCUGGACAGCAGGUUCACGAGCAACUUCUAUUUCGAUCCAUGACCGGUACGGAGAACCUUCGGUGCACUUUGCGAGGCUGUGUCUUGCAACGGGAACCCAAGGAUCGGGCCAAAGGAGAUCGAUGGAUCGGUUGCGCAACCAGGUCCAAUUAUCGAACAAUGAGAGGGCCAGUUCCGUUUUCAGCGGCGCGAACUUUCGAUUCGGAGGCGACAGGAGAGCGGAGGAACUUGUGACAAAGGAGCAGCCGGGAAUCCUGGCGUCACACGAACGAGGACACCAGCAGGACCACUCCUUCGAAACUGACGCUCACUGACAGCGUUCACGACUGGUGAAAAGUACGCCCGCAAAGACUGUGCACGAGAAACUCCCUUCCCCUCCGACUGUCGAUCCCCCACCAGGCGAGCCGUUAGGGAGAGAAAGGACAGCGGUUCUCAAAUCAUAGUGAUCGGCUUGCUGCAACCACUCCCACGAAUAUACUGGGUGUUCCUGAUAUGUGCUAAUAAACCCCUAUCGUUUUGAUAUUUUGCGAGAAUGAUGACCUUUGUUUCAUUGAUUCGAGGCUCUGAAUAUUCAUAGACUCGUUCUGUUUAGGGAUAUGUUGACUCAAAUGUUUUUUAAGUAUUUCGUAAUAAAAAUUGGAGCAAUAUGAAAUAUAUGUAAAUUGAAUGUGAUGAGUUAAUAGUAUUUUGGCAUGUGGUUAAUUUGUGGGAAUGUCACGCGAGAGAGUAGGGUUCGAUUCUAUAGGAACUUGUAAAUUUUUUUUUUUAUUGCAUUCUUUGUUUAUUGAUGUAAAAUUAUGCAGUUUUAAGCUUGUAUAA